UUGCAAAAACCUGCGUUUAGCAAAAUCAUGAUGUUUGGAAAUCCAAAUGCGCUUUUCGGACUUCAUUUGCACAUAACCUCUCUACCUCUGCACGUUUUACGAAUUUUACACAAAAAACGUGCUACCUUACAAAUAGCACUUAACCUUUCUUCAUUGUCUGAAAUACACUGUUAUGGGAAGUUCUGAUUUGGAAAUGACCAGAGGAAUUGAAAAUAAUUUCGAUGAUUUCGGUAAAAAUUUGAAAGUUCUACCUGCUAAUGAUCAAAUAAAAGAAUUACAAACAAUUCUGCGAGACAGGAACACCACCAGAAGUGACUUCAAAUUUUAUGGGGACCGGCUCAUACGAUUGGUUAUUGAAGAAAGUUUAAAUCAAUUGCCAUUUACUGAUUGUAAAGUUAUCACUCCCACUGGUGCUACAUAUGAAGGUUUAAAAUAUAGGUCAGGCAAUUGUGGAGUAUCAAUUGUGAGAUCUGGAGAAGCUAUGGAGCAGGGCUUAAGAGAUUGUUGUAGAAGUAUUCGCAUAGGAAAGAUUUUAGUUGAAUCAGAUAUCGAAACCCAUGAAGCUAAAGUAGUUUAUGCAAGAUUUCCUGAUGAUAUAUCUAAAAGACAGGUUUUACUAAUGUACCCCAUAAUGUCUACUGGGAAUACUGUAAUACAGGCUGUUAAUGUGCUUAAAGAACAUGGUGUUCAAGAAGAGUGUAUUAUAUUAAGUAAUUUAUUUUGUACCCCACUAGCUGCUAAAACUAUUACCAAAGCAUUUCCAAAGGUAAAAUUUUGA